AUGCGAUUGGGGUUCAUCAUCCGUGUGAGCAAGCUUUCUCGAUCAAGGAGCAAUGGAUCUGCCAUUGGUCGUGCACUUGUUUGUAAUAAAGAGGGUUUCAGAAUGCCUGACAAGCGUGAAAAGAUUGUACGGCAACGAGCUGCAACAAGAGUUGGCUGCAUGGCCAUGAUUUUAGUUAGAAAAGUCAGUUUGGUUAUAGCUUCGGUGGCCACCGUCGAGAAGCCGUUUAUGGCGUCGGAGAUAGCGCUGCAGCCUAUCAAAGACAUCUCUAGCACCGUCAAGUUGCCGGGAUCAAAAUCUCUCUAUAACCGCAUUCUCCUUCUGGCUGCCCUCUCUGAGUUACCUCUGCUUCAAAUGGUAGUUGGUAGGAUUAGCCAUGAUGAAGAAAAGACUUCAGUUUAUUUACAACUUCUUGGUACAUUAACAGAGAUUGGGAGUGAAAAUGUUGCUCCUUAUAUCCCUGAUAUUGUUCCAUUGUUGGUAGGAGCAAUAUCGAGGUGUAUACCUCCUAGUCCAGAUCCAUGGCCUCAAAUAUGA